AUGUCUAUUUACCAAAAUCACCGCACAAUGUCCAGCGACACUCUAGUUGGGUUGCACGGCAACAACAGCAGAGUUGACUUGAACACAUCAACGAACGGAGACAGCACAUUUAAUCUGCAAUUGGUGCAAAAUCCCAAAACGGGGAGCUCCAUUGCGAACAAUCUGACCGGGAAUACGCUGCAGACGUCUUCGAGAUCGGUGGAACCGGAACGGCAGGCAAUGGCAGAUUCCAGUUUGCUGGAAGAAAUGCUUUAUACUGGGAAUUCUCUCAAAGAAGAGCUACAAGAAUACAACAACAGCUUUAGGCCGCGGGAGCCCACUGCGUCGCUUUUCCAAAUUCAAGAACACCGCCGGCUGUCUAUCUCGGAGUAUCAUAGCGCAAAACCCAUGCAUUACUACGAAUACGAAUUUUUCGAAAAGGGUCGCGCAGUUGGUGAAGAUGAAGGGACACAAGAACCAGAAGAGGAAGAUGAAGACGAGAAAAUAAUGGUCACCGACGAUGAGGGUCCUGAACUGUUUCAAUUUUCGCCCCGCCGGCAAAAUCGCAAAGAUUCCGUUUUUAGCGACUAUGGCAACGAAAUGGCCAUGAACUUGGCGGAUACUACUGUCUUGGCAUCGAUUCCAGUCCCACAGCAACAGUUUUACCUGGAAGACGAUAUUAGCCAGGAUCCAAUACGUCUUCCAAGCAGUGACGGUCAAUACAAAAAGAAAGUCAAGGACUACUUUAAAAUUAAUUUCUUCGCAGGCGAAAGAAGAGUGCCUGAAGCGCUGGUAAAUCCACAACUCCUGGAUACCGAUCCACAACCGUUUUUGAAGAAAAAAUAUUUUUGGAGCCGAAAACCAACGGUUCCUAUAUCCGCUCGGGCUUUUCUCGACGAUAGCGAACCCGUGGUGAAUCCCUCCAAAUUGCAUACCUCCAGUAAUUUGGAGAAUCACUAUAGUCUGGGGAGUUCUGGCACAACGCUUGGGAGCUCCGAAAACUCACAGAGUCCUCCUGAACUGAGCGUAGAAGCUGGACUUGUCAAAAAAAAACGUCUUGGGAUACCCAAGACUCGUGGAAGAAAGCCCUCCCCCAUUCUAGACUCCUCGAAGCAUUUUGCAUGCGAAUUUUGCGAUAGACGAUUCAAACGACAAGAACAUCUAAAAAGACAUGUUCGAUCAUUGCACAUGGGCGAAAAGCCUUUUGGAUGUCAAAUCUGCGGUAAAAAAUUCAGCAGAAGUGACAAUCUUAAUCAGCACGUCAAGACUCAUCAAGAAGGAGAGUUAUCAUGA